AUGACAGAAAAUACCAUAAGCCCUGGUGGCGUGGCGUAUAUGCCGACAGCGUAUCUACAAAGCAGCAUGCCAUCGUCCCCGGUGCACUCGACGUAUGCCCCCUCUAUUGAUGCCGCCUCCUCCAUGCCCCGCGCUUCUAUUGCUCCGUCUACGCCGCGGAUUCGAUCACCUCCUUUGUCUGUACUCAGCUCUCCGCGCGCCACCGAUUGGCGCUACAGUCGCGACUCACAGGCCGCGACAGCUGUGCCUUACACGAAGGAGUACAUUGAAAACUAUCGUCGUCGAAUCAAAGAUGAACAAGACGCCGAAGCCCUCAUGGUGUAUGCGCUAUAUUUAAUUGAAGCGGCUAAGCGCACGCUGGAUCCGCAUGACUCGGAAAAGCAGGCGCGCAAGUACCGCGAGGCACUCUUAUCAGAGAGCGUAAAAAUCAUCAAAAAGCUCGCGACGUCAGGUGCCGCGCCAGGCAAACCGCCGUAUGCAGACGCGCAGUUUUACCUGGCCAACUGCUAUGGCAAUGGCAAGCUCGGUAUGUCUAUUGACCACGCCAAGUCGUACCAUUUGUAUGUCCAAGCCUCGAAACAAAAUCACCCAGCAGCCACGUAUCGCACCGCGGUAUGCAAUGAAGUGGGUGCUGGCACAAAACGAAAUCCAAAGCUUGGCGUGCUUUUCUACCGAAAGGCCGCGUCUUUGGGCGAUACGGCCGGUAUGUACAAGCUCGGCAUGAUUCUGCUGUAUGGACUGUUGGAGCAGCAUCCCAAUCCACGUGAGGCCAUCGUGUGGCUCAAACGUGCUGCGGACCAGGCCGACGAGGACAAUCCACACGCGCUGUACGAGCUGGCCACGCACUAUGCUGAACCUUCCAACCGUUUUGUGCCAUUCGAUCCUUCGCUCGCGCGAAAUCUGUAUACCCAAGCAGCGCGACUGGGACACACACCGAGUCAGUGCAAGCUCGGCGAAGGAUACGCGAAUGGCUCUUUGGGCUGCCCUGUGGAUCCACGCAGCAGUAUUAUGUGGUUCAAUACGGCGGCUAUGCGUGGCGAAGGCCAGGCUGAACUCGCACUCAGUGGCUGGUACCUGACAGGCGCAGAAGGUGUGCUGCAACAGUCCGACAUCGAAGCGUACACCUGGGCGCGGCGAGCGGCAAGCAAAGGCAUCGCCAAUGCCGAGUAUGCCGUGGGUCAUUACGCCGAGAUCGGUAUUGGGACGGCGGUCGAUAUGGACGAAGCCGUCCGUUGGUACACCCGCGCAGCCGCGCAGCAGCAUCCACGAGCCAUGCAGCGUCUCAAGGAUCUCAAGGCUCAUGGUGGACGUAUACCGUUAAAAGUACCCGACGCUGAUUGUGUAGUUAUGUAA